CAACCAUCCUCUUCGUGACUGAGCUUUUUCUCAAGCGGCGUCCGAGUCUGGCGCCGACCUCCUAAGUCUAGAGUAUCCUCUCGUGUCGGCCCCACUUCGAGGAGUUGAGCCGGACACCAGCCCGCCAAGAGGCUGAUACUACGCGCUUGUGCUCGGAGUGAAAGCCUUCGGGCGACCCAAUCCAUGACAGCAACAAGCGGAGACUCCCCAAGCAUCGAGUCCGUCGAUGCCUUUGCGCGGCAACUGUAUCGGCGAACUCGCAAUGCCGGCACCGAUUUCGUCGAUCUGGCUAUAGCCGUUUGCAGCCUACAUAGAGCGCUCAAGCACCUCGAUGCUGAAGCCCAGGACCCUGACUCGCCUCUCCACACGGCGAAUCCUGCCAGUAGCGAAAGCCGGGAUUCUGUUUAUGCUAGGCAGUUGAGAUCACUGGUCGAGGAUAGCGAGUUUGCCCUGAAGCAGGUCGACACCAUCCUCCAGAGGUACGGAGAAGACGUCGGGGCCAACCGUGGUACUGGAGGGAACGUCGCAGAACGGGCUCGGAAGAUCGAUCUCAUUCGAGGAGAUGUCGUCUCUCAAACUAUGAAGAUUGAAGUCUUCCUUGAUACGAUCCAGUUGCACAACCCCACGAAGGCACAGCGUACGCUCGAAAACGUCGACGACCAACAGCUGGACAUGAUCAAGGACCAGGUGGAUGCCAUCGCUAACCGUCUAUUCCACGAAAGGAGAGAUCAAUCACCAAUAGAGACGGACGAAGACGAGCUAUGGCGGAGCUUCAAGGCUGAGUUGGAGAGAGAAGGGUUUUCGCCCGAGGUGCUUCGGAAGAAUAAGGAGGUCUUGCGUGCAUACAUCCGUGAGCUUGAGUCUCACCAGCGGCAGGGUGACGGGACCCCGCCGUCUGUCCGUGGACUGCUUGAAUGGGAUGCCCAACCGCGAACUGCAACGGCCAGUGGACCGUACCCAACCGAUGGCCGGCAAACGAAGCCCAACUCUGCGACCAAUCCUACCGGCAUCGAAGGACGCAGGCGAACCGAAGCGCGUGGAAUGGCCAACUCCAUACCGGUUCCCUCACAACCCCGAGGUCACACCGUCGCCAGUCUGCAACCCGCGCUGAGCUUCGAGCCGUAUACAUCAUCUGAGGCUUCAGAUUCGGAGGGCAAUCCUGGGUCUCACAUGGCGCUCAUCUCGACACGAGACCUCAUGGCUCUUGACCGUUAUUCGGCUGACAAGGUGGCUUCGCUCCUGUCACCCCCACUAUCACACCUCUCCAUCUCUCCAGGUACCUCUCCAUCUCAGAGAUAUCUGCCAUUCGGAACCCAACCGUUGCACAUUCCGGGGUCCGCUCUCCCAAGCAGCUUCUCACCGAGCUCGCCACCACCCCCUUACAGUACCAGUCCGAACACUCUGGGUGCUGGAUGGGAUCCGCCUGCGCUGCCAUCCUCGGCGCCCACAGCCGGUACCCACAUGCUCCAACAGUACCAACCUUCGUCACGACGAUCCAGUCAUCUCGCCCCUGACAGCAAAGGUCAAACCAUACCUCUGGAUGCCACCUGGACUAAGAUUGAUCGCAAGCUAGUCUCCCCCGAGGUGCUGGAAGAGGCGGGCGUGCGAUACGAAGCCAGACCGAAUUUCGUCGCUGUGCUUGGUGUUCUGAGCCGUGAGAAGAUCGAGGAGUAUGCGAGGAGGAGCUUCGAGGUACGCAACGCAAGGAGAGCGCCGACAACCAGAGCCGCCAACGUCGAGAGCCGGGGGGAUGGCCGACUGCGGCAUGAAACUUACGGCGAUCGGGAUAGAAGAGGGACAGGAAGCAGAGAGCUUGCGCGAGACAAUAACUCGGAAGCACUCUUUGACACGAGCGAUGCCGAUUCGUCCGACCACGGCGACGGCGACGACGACGAUCACAACAAUCGCCGCAAGGGGCUGGGACACAGCAGCCGAGGGCGAUACACGCCCAAGGACUACACCCCUACGCAUAACAAGAAGCCCAAGCCUCCGGACAGCGACGAGGAAGAGAAAGGAACCAGAGUAUACCCCGUUAUUGUGUCCCCACCAGCGAGCGUUAACGGCGAGGACAACACGAUCUCUCCCUCGAGCACCGUGGCGCCCAAACCGAUACUGAAGAACAAGAACCCGAACCACGUCCGCUUUGAUCGCACGGGGCCGAGGGAGAUCUCGCCCGAGGAAGUCUCGCGCCGUGAUCGAGACCGGGACAACAACCACCGCCGCGUCGGCGACCGGGAGCGGGACCGUGAUCGAGAUCGAGAUCGAGAUCGGGCUCCUCGCGAUAAAGAGAGAGACCGGUCCAAGAGAGCAAAGUCGAGAGACGACAGAUUACGCGAGAGGGAUCGGGUGAGAGAUACGGACAGGAACCGAGAUCGAGACCGGGAUCGGGAUCGGGACAGGGAUCGAGGUCGCGGGGAAGAUGGGGAGCGGCCGUCCAGGAGGAGCGCCCUGAAGGAGGCGACCACCGCUAUUGGCGUCAGCAGCGCGGCGGCGACCCUGCUGAGUGUCCUGACGCAUGCUGCACAUCACCUCUGAGACAGGGCGGAUGCGGUUUUGCGGUGUGUGUGUGUUGUCUGUGGGAGCCGGCGAGGGUUUGGGGACAAAGAGGCUUAUUUCCUUUUUAGGAUGGUCUAUGAUACCCCUCUAUUUUCCGGAAUCUUUUCAGUGUAUUUAAUGGGAAGAUGAUUUUGCUGGGAAGCAGAUUGGGUCUUGGAAAUCGUGUUCACUGGAGUGAGAUCAAAACCUCGCUGGACUUCACUUUCAAUCUUGAAGCCUUGUGACACUCAGUGGC